AGGGAUUGAUUGAUCCAGCGGGCGACGGCAGGCAGAGUCGCAGAGAAGGCAAGCGUCCGUCGGGCUCGAGCGAGCGAGCGAGCGAGAGAGAGAGGGCAGCAUGAGCGAGCAGGGGGCGGGGCAGGGCAGCAAGGAGGAGUCGCUGAUGGACAAGAUCACGGAGAAGUUCCACGGGUCCUCCUCCUCCUCCUCGUCGUCGGACGACGAGGCGGGGAGGGCCGCCGGGUCGUCGUCGUCGUCCGUCAAGGCCAAGAUCUACCGCCUCUUCGGCCGCGAGAAGCCCGUCCACUCCGUCCUCGGCGGCGGCAAGCCCGCCGACCUCUUGCUGUGGAGGAACAAGAAGAUCUCCGGCGGGGUGCUCGCGGGCGCCACCACCAUCUGGCUGCUGUUUGAGGUCCUGGAGUACCAUCUCCUCACCCUCCUCUGCCACGGCUUCAUCCUCACCCUGGGCAUCCUCUUCCUCUGGUCCAACGCCUCUGCCUUCGUCAACAAGUGCCCUCCCAACAUUCCAGAGGUGAAGAUCCCUGAGGACCUGGCGGUCAAUGUUGCCCGCUCGCUGCGCUAUGAGAUCAACAGGGGCUUUGCUAGCCUGAGGGCCAUUGGCCAAGGCCGCGACCUGAAGAAAUUCCUGAUUGUGGUUGCAGGCCUGUGGAUCCUCUCUGCUCUUGGCAGCUCCUGCAAUUUCCUCACCUUGUUCUACAUAGUCUUCAUGGUACUCUACACCGUGCCUGUCCUGUACGAGAAGUAUGAGGACAAGAUUGAUGCUUUUGGAGAGAAGGCCAUGGUCGAACUGAAGAAGUACUACGCCAUCUUCGAUGAGAAGUGCCUGUCCAAGAUUCCCAAGGGUCCGUCCAAGGACAAGAAGCAGCAUUAGAACAGUAGAGAGUACCCUGCGCAGAUUUAUCUUCAAAGUUGAUCACUACUCGUCGGUUUUCAAGGAUGGUUGUGAACUUGUGAUUCCAUGUCCGUAGGUGAUAGUAGAUACCACUAUCUGGUCAAAAUCCUGGCACGGUCAUUAGUGUGACGUGCAACUUCUACGAACUUAGUAGUCAUGCCAGCUUUUGCUCAGUAUCCUCACUUGCAAGUUGUGUUGGUGUAAUAUGGCAGUGAUGUUUGUGACUUCAGGAGACUUGGUACAAUGAAGUGGCUCUUUGGGUGUGUCAUCA